UGGUUGCCAUGGACGCGUUGGCGGCCGCUGGCCGCAGGGCGCGCGCGCGCGGGGUCGCCGGGGUGUCGCACAGCUUCGUUAUCCCAGGUCCCCGUGGCGCAGGGCCACGCUCACAGCCCGGGCGACACCAUGAAGUCUGUAAAGGAGUCCCGCCUCAGAAUACCUGCAAACAGAUUCUUGGAGGCCGCAGAAAUCAUUAAAGAAAAGAAGCGGGCAAAGGUAGCUGAACAGCUCACACCCCCCAUUCAGGAGGAACCUGAGCCCGUUAGCAAUGUCCUACAAGGGGAUGACAUUCUUGCCUUAGCCAUUAAGAAGGAAAACCUGAAGAAGCAACACAUUCCUCGCUUUAUUGAGACACAAGCUAGACCUGCCAUUACCCAGAAAUUUAUCGUCCGUAAGCUCAAGCCCAAGGAUCCGAAGAGGAAGGUCUGCCACUUGGUAGCACGUCCUGCCACUCCAGAUGCAGCCACGAAGCCCCUGGACUACUCUGGCCCAGGUGACAGCUUCCAUGGCUGUGACCAGAUCCUGCCCCAUCACAUCUUGGGGAGUCUCCAGGACUUUAAGAGAAUUGCAGUUGCUCAAGGGAACACCCAGCUGGCUGAGCUGAUACGCAGCCCGCCGGGUCUAGUGACCCUCAUCUCGGCUAAAGAAGAGCCAAAGCAGAAAGUCCCCAAAGAAAAGAAGCCCCAUCCCUGGGCCCCACCUCCUCAGCACAACUUUCUCAAAAACUGGCAGCGCCACAUCGCCCUGCGGAAGAAGCAACAGGAAGCCCUCAGUGAACACCUGAAGAAGCCAGUGAGCGAGCUGCUGAUGCACACUGGGGAGACCUACAGACAGAUCCAGGAGGAACGGGAGCUCAUUGACCGCAUACUUGCAACACAGCAUGAUGGGAAGUGCCGUGAGGAGACCAGUGGGUUCUGGAGUCGCCUGGAAUACUUGGGAGAUGAAUUGACGGGUCUGGUAAUGACAAAGACGAAAGCUCAGCGUGGCCUCCUGGAACCAAUCACUCACGUCAGGAAGCCCCAGUGCAUCCAGGCGGAGAUGGGGCUGCCGGCUCAGGAGGAGGCUCGGUACCGCCACACCUGGGAUCGGAGUCUGUUUCUGAUCUACCGACGCAUGGAGCUGCAGAGGCUCCUGGCGGAGCUCGAUUUCAGCCAGCAGGAUAUCGAUGGCCUGGAGGUGGUGGGCAGAGGGCAGCCUUUCACGUCUGUUAAGGUGGAAGACGACUCAGUAUUUGACAGGAGCCAGGAAAGUUCCUCUGAAGACACGGUGUCCUUAGACUUCGCCAGUUACCCUGAUGUGGUCCCCGUGCCUAUUCUUGGCCCUUCUCUGCUGUUCUGUGGGAAGCCAGCUUGCUGGAUCAGAGGCAGUAACCCACAGGACAAGAAGCAUGUUGGAAUUGCUGUCCGCUUGACCUUCGAAACUCUAGAGGGGGAGAAGACAUCUUCGGAACUGACCGUGGUCAAUAACGGCACAGUGGCCAUCUGGUACGACUGGCGGCGGCGGUCCCAGCUGGACUCUUUCCAAGGCCUGAAGAGAAACAGGAUGCCGCGGUUUUAUUUUAACAACCGGGAAGGUGUGAUUCUGCCUGGAGAAACGAAAACCUUUACCUUCUUCUUCAAGUCUUUGCAAGCUGGGAUCUUCAGGGAAUAUUGGGAGUUUGGGACCCACCCCACCCUAUUAGGAGGGGCUCCCCUGCAGGUCAAUCUCUACGCUGUCUCCCUGACCCAGGACAUUUUUAGGGAAGAAAGGAAGUUACUGAAGCGCAAGCUGGCUGCCCACGAAGCAGUCACCAUCGUGGAGAGCGUGCUGCAGGAGCUGCUGAGUGGGAUCCUGACCCCGGAGCGUGCACAGUCCCCCGUGGACGCCUAUCUCACCGAGGAGGACUUGUUCCACCAUCAGAAUCCUCGGCUGCAUUACCAGUACCAGGUGGUAGAAAGCCUGCACGGCCUGUGGCGCCAGUACUUGGUCCUGACCCCCAAGGCCCAGGAGGCCAGGCCCAGUGAGGAGGAGCACCUCAGCCCUAGGACCCGGGCUGCCGCGACUCCACCAGCCUCCUCCGAGAAGCCCUCCAUGAUCAGGGAGCCUUCCGCACACUUCAAGAGCCCCAUCUCAGAAUCCCAGCUGUCCCGGCCGGAGAAUGAAACCUUGAGGGACUCCCGAGAUGCUUUUGGGUCGCAGAAGCCUGGGGCAGGGGCGCGGGUGUCCCAGGGGAAGAGCAUUAUGGAGGAGAUCCUGGUGGAGGGGAGCCCAGACCCGUGGAAUACCAAGAGCCCCUGGGAACUGGAUGGCCUUCCCCCACCUGAAUGGAACCUCUGCUUGGAAGAUUUCAGAAAGGCAGUGAUGGCACUCCCCGAGGAGAGCCAGAGGGAAGACGCCCUCGUCAGGCUCAACAAAGCAGCCCUGGAGCUCUGCCAGGAGCAGAGGCCCCUGCAGUCUGACUUCCUGCACCAAGUGUGUUUGCAGCUGUGGCGGGAUGUGAUCGAUGGCCUGGUGAGCCAUUCCCUGUGGCUAAGGGCUCUGCUGGGCCUGCCCGAGAAGGAGACCGUCUAUUUGGACAUUCCAGAAGAGCAAGAUAGAAAGUCUCCUCCUGGCACGGAAGUGAAAAUAACUACCACGAAAUUUGGGAAGGAGGACCGGAAAGGGGCAGCCCAGGAAAAGAAGCAGCUGGGAAUCAAAGAGGACAAAAAAGCAGCCAAGUUGCCAGGGAAAGAGGACCGUUCAAACAGCAAGAAGCACAAGGCAAAGGAUGACAAGAAACCGACGAAGUCUUCGAGUCGGGACAGGCUUUCCUUGGAAGACCCUGCCCCUGACAGCACGACCCCUUCUCAGGAACCCAUAGACCCCCUGGUCAUGGAGAAGUACACCAGGGGGCUGCAGACAGAGAAGCAAUCAGUGCCUAGUGUGUCCAUGCUGGAAGACGGAAGCAGAGCCGCCCUUGUGAAGGGCAUCCUAGUGUGCAAGACAGACCUCGUGCACAAGCGACACACCCCGUAUGUUAGGUGGCAAGCACUCUGGAAGAGAGAGAGAGAACCCGGGGCCAGGGGUGGGGAAGGCCUGGGUGCCAGCAGGGAGCCUCCCUGAGAAGGGGACAUCGAACAGACUUGAAGGGAGGUGAGAGGUGGCCCUGUGGCCAUGGAGGAAGAGUGCCCUGGGCAGAGGGGGCAGCUAACUCAGGGGAGAGAGUGGGCCGGGAGGACAGAAGGCAGGGAGGCCACCGAGAGGGAGCAAGUCACAAGUCAGGUGGGGCUCUGCAGGCCACUGUGUGGAUCUAGGGUUUUUCUGAGUGACAUGAGAAGUCCGCAGGGGUUCGAAUGGAGGAGUGACACAGUGUGACUUGGGAGAUCACUCUGGCUGCAGUUAGGAAAACAGACUGGAGGCACAGAGCGGCAGCCCCUCCCCUUUCUGCUGCUCCCACUUCCCCUCUGCCUGAGGUGCCCUUGGUAGAGAUGUCCCUGGGGGGGAACAGCCUGUCGUAGAGUGAAUUUCCAGCAAGUGUAAGGGUUGUGGCGCACUGGAGAGACUUCAUGCUGGCACGUUCUUAAGCUGCAAGUCCGGAGAGAUUCACCCAGGUAUUGUGUUCCGUUCUUUGUUAUUGUUUCGGAAGAGAGGUCCACAAAGCCACACUUGAUUGUCACCGUGUCUAAUGGCGGUGCUUUGUCUGCCUCCGGUGUGGACGGCUAGAUGGUAGGGAUUGCGUCAUGGACAUUGUGGUAACGCCCCAGAUCGCAUUUGAGCAGAAGUUCCAUUUGCUGCUGGUGACAUCACACGAUUUCUGAAGGUUGAUGGGGUUUAGAAAGGAAUCCGAGGGCUCUCUGGAAUGAAGAAUCAGCUUGUCAAGGCUCCUGUGGUCCAGCCCCAUGGGAGGGCACGGUCCUGGGGACAUUUCAGUCUGUGGAUCUAUGAUCUUACCAGAAGGAAAGCUGACCCCUGGGUGGCCGGGGUGGAGCUGGACCACCCACCCCCGGGGCUACAUGGGUACCGUUCCCUGGAAUUACCCCUUUAACCACUCCAGGCUCUUGUGCCCCCAUAUGUCCCAAAGGCUUGGUGCAGGAUUACUUCCCCAGGCAGUUUGAAAAAUAAAACUAUUUGUAAAAACAAAAGUUCCACAGAAACGCCGCAGGUUUGGUUUUACCCCUUCUGCGGCUCUUCCGUCUUGGUGUAGACCUGUCCAGCCUCAUCGCAGGCUGGGAGCUCGCUGUCCGCAGAGCGAACCUCUGGCUGUGGUUUCACCCCGUUCUUCCAGGUCUACGGGCUGCUGGACACCCUGGUGACUGAUCUGAUGGUCCUGGCUGACGAGCUCAGACCCGUAAAGGAUGUCGAGGAGACUUUACGUUUUUGUACCUGACUCAUGUGCCCCAGAGGCCUUCUGGGAAACUGG